UUGGUCAAUCCCAGCUUCUGGGGCUUCCAUAAAACGCGCAACAGGAGCAACAGGAGCGGAGAGGGAGCGUCAGGGCGCAGAGCAGCCGCGCCGCGGAGCGCACAUCACGGUCCAGAGAAAACACCUGUUACUGCAGGACUGGGCGCUAAAAGCAGGACGGAGACGCUCUUCAAUAAACCUAGGUUCCUGAGUGAGACCUGCUCUCCUCCUCCCACUGUCUGGUGGGAAAAUGUGGGUUCUGGAUAAGAUCCGUGGCUCGGUGGAGACGGGUAUGCUUAGACAAGGAGACAAUGGUGACAGGAAGGCUGUGGCUCCAGCUUACAGCAAUGUGCUCACUCCCGACAAGAUCCCAGACUUUUUUAUCCCUCCAAAGCUGGUCAGCUGCCCCUCAGACCCCGAGGCUCCCGGCAUCAAGCCUAAAGAGGGGCUGCAUCCUUCCACAUCUGAGCAAACUAUCAGCACCAACAGGAAGAUCAGCAGUCCAAGGAGCCCUCGGCUGGUGGCUAAGAUAGCAGGAGACACAAAGAACCUGCUGAGAGCGGCGAACCGCCACAUCAUCCAGAUAGAGAGUGCUGAUGACGUCGUGGCUGGGGACACCAAUGCAGACCCCCAGUCCCAGACAGCCAUGUCCCUCCCAUACGUUCCUAAGACUCAGACAUCUUAUGGCUUCGCCACCCUAAAAGAGAGCCCCCACACUCGGCGCAAAGAGUCCCUAUUUCACUGCGAGCUGACCAGUCCAAUCACUUCCCCAAACACCCAGAGGAAGACUCCAGGGAAGGGCAGCGAGACAGGGAACCGCCUGACCCCUGCUGACUGCAACACCUCCCACAUGAACCCUUACCGUUACUUCAGUGGCGGAGAAAGUGACACCUGCUCUUCUGCGGAAUCAUCUCCCUUCAGUUCUCCGUUGCUGUCCCGCUCUGCUUCGCUUCUCAAGAUCUUCACCCAUGAAACACAGGCCAAAGUGGUGAAAGCCAAGCGGACGCUGGCUCGCCACAGCUCCCUGUCCACAGACGAGUGCAGCUCGGCAGAACCCAGUCCCAACAUCCAGCGACGUCUCAGAAUCCCGUCCCUUCACGGCGCGGCUGGAGCAUCUGACCACGGCCUCCAGCGGGAGCACACCAUCAACCUGCACAAGGGAGGCACAUUAAGGAUCAGCGUCAACCAUGACUCCACCACGUCACGCUUGCUCAUUCGUGUUCUGGUGGCUGAGAGUCUGUACGACAAAAGCGUUGACAUCAAAAGCAUCAACUGCUGUGUGUCGGUGUACCUUAACCCGGGCAAGCUGCAGAAGCAGAGAAGCAACAUUAUUAAGAACAGCCGCAACCCCGUCUUCAAUGAGGACUUCUUCUUUGACUCCAUUAGCUCUGCUCAGGUGAAGAACCUUUCGGUUAAGUUCAAGGUGGUGAACAAGGGCACCAGCCUGAAGAGGGACACGCUGCUCGGCGAAAGGGAAGUUCCUCUGGCGAAGCUGCUCUCUGGACUCUAAAGCCACAGGAGAGGGAGUUUAAAGGGAUAAUUUGGGAUUUUUAAAGAGAGAUUCAGGUGAAAGCUUACACUCAUUUUUCCUCUGACCUACCAUGGAUAACUGUUGGCAUCUGAAUUAACUUUGAAUUUAUAACCACUGGUCGUGGCAGCUGAUGCUAAAUGCUAAAAAACCGAAAUGGACUCCUACUGUCUGAAAACAACUCUGGUUUCCAAACAAUUUGUUUCAAAACACAAUCAUUUUAAUCUCCUUUAUUUAGAGAGACAUCUAUACUUACAUUUUGUGGAAAGAAAUCAAGGGAGUAAACCAGCAAUGAUCUGUAUGAAACAUAACCCCCCAAAAAAGCAGAAAAACACACAAAAAAACCAUAAAUAAUUUCAACUAAUUCAUUGAUUUCUACACUGAAGCAGUCGCUGUCAUUAAUGCUUCAUUAAUGUUAAGGUUCAGGAUUAGUUGUUCCUUUAUUCAGAUGCUUCUAACCUUAACCAUUACUAGCUGUUAGCCUCAGCCUAUGAGACUAACUAAUCUGGAUGUAUAAUAAAUGAAGACACAUACAGAAUUAUUUACUACAACUAAGAUUUAUGCUGCUUGUAACCUUUUAACAAAAUCUCCCUUUGGAUAUCCCAGACUGUUGCUUUAAAACUCAAAGGAUUGUGGCUAAAACUCUACUUUUGUGUUUGCACUGUUUUCUCAAUGACUGUAAGCAUGGAGAAUGUAAGAAGGAGAAAGGUUUAGAAAACAACCUGCCGAAGGUCUGCUGAGGUUCUUUUUCUGAUAAUUUAUUCCCAUUUAACCAAACUGGACUCCAACAGCCACAGAUGAAUGUGACAGAAUAAAGCUCUCCAUUCUGAGCACGUUUCCUGGCGUCCUGAGCCAGGUCCUCCUGGUUCAAAGGUUGAAUGGCACCUGUGCGUCAGCCCGUCUCCCGUCCUCCACCUCCGACGUGCUCGUAAUGGAUUUAUUAUUGUAAUGUGGCAGAAAUCCGCAGCAGCGCAGGAUUUUUUACAUGAGCUCCACCAUCUGCCACACAGAGAUGCUUUUGUGAAUGAGUGCGUGCUUUGAAGCGGCCCCAGAUCCUGAUGUGCAAAUGAUCCUUUGAUCUACAGGGGGAGGGCAAGGAGCGAAAGGAACAGUCACAUUUACAUGCACAUCAAAAAUGGAAUUUCAAUAUGAUUGAUUAAGCAAAAGACUGCAAUAAUCUAAAACGCUGAAAAUUAGAAAUGUUGCAAUCAGCAGGUAUCUGUAAGCAGAUGCAUGGUUUUGAGCUUAAAUUGCUUUGUGGAUAUUUUUAUAUAAAACUACACAGCUUACUUACUCUAAUCCUCGUUUUCAUCAGUACACCUCAAUCUGAAUGUUGCUUUCGCGGACUAAAGCCAAGAAAGAGUUAAAAGAAAAAACAUAACAGUUUUAUACCAUGUUGUUUUGAUCCAAUUAUUGAUGUAGCAUUAUCAGUUUUUCCUUCUUUUUUUAAGCUAAAUCUGAGCAAGACAGUUUGAGUAUAACUAUAAAUUAUCUGCAUAAAGCUUAAAAUUCAUAAAUCUUUCAGGUGAAUCAUGCCACAACAUACCUCCUUUCUCUAAUAUACAGGCGUUACCAAAAUAAAACCCUUCGAGAUAUGUCUGGGAAGAGUGUGGGGAAAAAAAAGCAAAAACAUGAAAUAAUGAAGACGACACUUUAGGGGCAAAUCUUCAGUUUUGAUAAUCAAAACUUGUCAGUAUAAUUAGUUUUUUUCUCCAAAACUGAUUUUGAGAUGCUUGUUUAAAAAUCCAUUUGGAGGCUCCCAGCACAAAUUUUGAUUAUAUUAUGUUUUGACAAUCUGAGACUUUACUCCCUGCAUAAAAAAUUUAAGUGUAAGAAGUAGGUACUAUUAAUCUGAAAUGGAUUAAUUUCAUUUUAAAUGUGCCAUUAAAGAGAGAAAAAUAUUUUUAAAAGCCAAAAGAUAACCUAAUGAGUAACAUAUCAAAUUGGUGUUGGGUUGUAUCAUGAAGGUUAAGUUCUAAAGCAACAUAAAAAGUCAGAUUUCAAUGCUUUUAUCAUCCUCACUGGUCAGGGGUCAGAAUAAAUGCUCACAUUUUACAAGUUAACCAGUAAACAGUGUUGUUGCUUUUGUCUUUGCAAGAGUUUUUGCCUACAGGUCAGCUGUUACAGGAAAUGAGACACAUCAAAAAGCCUGAGUAAAGCUUGAAUAAUAUUAAUAUUUCAUAUAAAUCAGGCAGAUUUUAGGCUUUUUUGUCAAAUCUAAAAAAAAAAACUACUGUGUGAAUCUAUCGCACUAACUGGCGUCUCUUCUAAGGUUGUAUUCUUUGCACAUAUUAGUUCAUAACAUAAGAACAAGCAGAUAUCUGCAGAAUACAUGUAGCAAAAAUGAAGCCUUAAUAUUUCUAUACCGUGAAAUAUUGUAAUAACCACACCAUUUAAACACAUGCUCUACAUAAAAGCAUAGCCCUUAAAAUAAAGCAUCUAAUUGGGCUUCUUGAGAAAUAUACGACAAGUCAUGAUAUGUCUGACAGAGAGCAUUAGAUAUGCAGCAAACAUAUCUUAAAAUUAUUCUCUCAACCACAAUUUUUUUUCUCAGCAGAAACACUCAGCAGAGCAUUUAGGCCCAAUAACAAAUUUAGCCCAGCUUUUAAAAUCUAGCAAGCUUAUUAAAUGCAGCUGACACAAUCAGGAUCUCUGAUUGUUUUGCCAAAACAAAAGAACUAGCGUUCAAUUUAAAUGAUGAAGGUAAAAGCGUGCACUCUUGCAACAUUAAAAGUUAGUUUAUGAUUCUAAAGGCAGAAAAUAAAAAGGAUGCAUUUAUGCUUGAUCAUAGAAGAGCAAUAUAUAGAACGUCCAGCUCAGAUUAUAUCAUAGCUGCUAUAAAAUAUCUUCAACAGAAUCUUAUCCUCUGCUCUUUCAUUAAAUUGUCUCUGUCAAGAAUAUGUUCUAAA